UCCCUGUUUAGCGUUUCAUAACUAAAUUUGAUGAUUGUUCUUUUCUUUCUCCUUUCUUUUCAUACAGUUCCCUUGCUGAACCCAGAUCUAGGGAACAGGUUUCCUCAAAUCACUGCCAACGGAUCAGGAUUGGCUCUUCUGACUUCUGCUGAAUUUGAAAAGAGGCUGGGUCGAUCUUCCUCCUUCAUGUUUGGUGUCUCCAAUCUUCAGUGGCAGACUUCAUAUGGCUCUCUCCCCAAUGGAGCCGUUUCAAUCUACAACACCAAUGCUGGAGGACGCAGAGACUACAUUUGCAAAUAUGGGUGCUCAUCCGGCUUCUACAGCUCCAGCAAGGGUGGUCGCUGCCACUACACGCUUUCAGGGCGAGAGUAUCUUGGUUACCCAUUUGAGAUCCUGGUGAACAAAGACAACUAUGAGUUACUGGAAUGGAAGGAUGGCUCUUGGGGUUCAGUGCCACAGAAUUCAGUCCAGAACUGCUACAAUGGUGACAUAUAUGUUGGAAAGAACAAGUAUGGUCUUGGGAAGGUGCACGUUAAACAUAAGGCGUUCUUUCUUCCCUGGAAAGGUAAAGAGUAUUGGUACAAGAACUACCAGGUCCUGACCUUUGAAAAAGGCAUAUCCAGCGAGAAAAUUUAUGAUGUCCAGUACAAGACUGAUGGAGUUAAAAUCAUUGCGCAGCCUCCUGAGAUCAUACGUAAGUCCUUCAUCACCAACAAUGAAUGCAGCCCUGUUGUGAAAUCACUUGCCCUCUCAGAAAUGUAUCAGGUGGAGAAAAGGUGGGACACCAGCACUGCCAUCACUUCUGGUGUCAGUGGUAGCAUCACUGCUGAAAUCCCAUUCAUCGGCUCAGCAGGCAUUCAACUCAGUACUGAAACAACAAAGCAAUUAUCCCGUGGAAACACCGUGGUGGUGUCGAAAACCUAUUCUGUCUCUGUGGAGCAAACUGUCCCACCAAACCACUUCUGUGGCGUCAGUAUGGUUGGAUUUAAGUACAAGGCAAACAUCCCCUUCACAGCCCGCCUCGGACGCACUUACAGAAAUGGGGCGACCAGAUGGACAUCCAUCACUGGGACGUACAGUGGUGUCGAUGUUGGAGAAGUCCGGUCUGUUGUGGAUCGCUGUGAACCUGUACCCAAUGCUAAGCCUUGCUCCUGA